AGCCCCACAGAUCCAGUCCAGGUUGUUAGAGUAUCCGCUGUGUGGCGCGACAGCCAGCAAAACAAUAAGACAGUUGGCCCUACAACAACAUUUAUAAGAGCGGGGAUUAUUUACGCGAAGUCAUUUUUUCACGUAUUGUGUGGACCUGAAUAUUUAGUUUUGCUUUAAUAUUCAGAAGAGUGGAUAGAAGGGACAUGAAAGGUGCCUGACAGUGUACAGGUUAAUGUUUGGAGUACAAGAAUCCCCUGUUUGGGAACUGUGGGGUUCCUGUGUGGUACUAGAAGAUCAUGCUCCGUCCUGGUGGAGAGCGAGAUUUCCAGACGUCUGCUAGGAGGAUGGGGACAUCUCUGCUCUUCCAGCUGUCGGUUCACGAGAGAGAGUUGGAUCUCGUGUUCCUUGACCACAGCUAUGCCAAACCCUGGAAUGCCCACCCGGACGCCAGCAGUGCACGGCCCACCCGCAUGCUGUUUGUCACCCCUCGACGGCAGCCUGAACCCUCUGUUGAUUCAGACAUUUCCAUAGACGUGGAGACGGUCACAUCCACGCCUGUGCCUCUCUACGACAAUCAGAAAGCACGCAAUGUAAUGAACGAGUGUGAUCGCCAUGUUUUGUUCGCCCGAACUGUUGCUGAUGGACCGCUUCCUCCAGAUGAUUGGGAAGAACAUAUCAACAAGGCUGGCUGGUCUUUGGCUCAAAACAAGCUUUUUAACAAAGUAUUGAAGGCUCUACAGGCUGAGAGACUGGGUCGAUUGGCCAAUGAUGGGGCCUGUAAUGAACCUGUGUUAAGGAGGAUAGCUGUGGAUAAAUGUGCUGGUAAGGUACGACAUGCUCUGGCCAGCGUCAACUGGGAUAUAAAGCUGACUCAGUGGCUUCAUAGCACAAUGGUGGAGUCUCUCAGUCUUUCAAUGCUCGCUGCUUACCUUGAUGUGCUACAGACACUCAAAAGCAAGGUGCCGUCAUUGAUUGACAGGAUGUUGCUGUCAUCUUCAGUGAAAACGGGAGCGGCAGGGGCUGAGGCUCUUUCUCUGCUAUUAAAGCGCCCGUGGGACCCUGCCGUGGGUGUACUGUCACAUAACAAACCUAGUAAACUUCCUGGUUCCCCUCUGAUCCUUAUUGCUCCAUCAGGACCAACCAACCCAGCCUUCUCUACCUCUCGACGAAUGAGAUUCUGGCAAUCUCAGCUGUCCUGUCUCGGGAAGGUCAUUCCCAUUAACAUUCAUGUGGGCAGUGGUGCCAACAUCAGCAUCGCGCAGUGUGUAGAGCAUAUGAUCGGCACAGUUAGAGGAAAGGUUAUCGAGGUUCACAGUCACUUUCCUCACAAGCCAAUCAUUCUGGUGGGAUGGAAUGUGGGGGCAUUGAUCGCUUGUCAUGUUUCCCUCAUGGAGUACAUGACAGCUGUCGUGUGUUUGGGUUUUCCUCUUCAGACCGUCAAUGGGCCACGAGGGGAUGUUGAUGAUCCAUUGUUGGACAUGAAGACUCCAGUGCUGUUUGUGGUCGGUCAGAAUGCGCUGCAGUGCAGCUCUGAAAACAUGGAGGAGUUUAGGGAAAAGAUUCGAGCCGAUAACAGCAUGGUAGUUGUCGGAGGGGCUGAUGACAACCUGAGGAUCAACUCCACUAAGAUGAAAACAGAGGGUCUGACCCAGACCAUGGUGGAUCGUUGUAUUCAGGAUGAGAUUGUGGAUUUUCUGACCGGAGUUUUGACCCGUACUGAUAGCCACGGCCAUGGCUCAGGUGAGACACGUGACUUGGAUGCAGAAAAGAAGAAAAAGACACGUCGUGAACUCCCCUUUGACCUUGAAAGAUCGCGACCGUCUUCACCUGCUGUAAGGGAUAUGUCCAGUGUCUGCAGUAGUCCUACAGGCAGUCCCAAACCUAAGACCCUUGGGCUGUCUCCAGCUCAGAAAUCCAGUCUCAUUACUGCCACACAACUACUGAAGACGCACAUGCAGCGCUCAGGAACUAUGCUAACACACAAACAGGCACAAGCUCAGUUUGCUGCUUUUAUGAAACAUAAUAUGCUUGUGAGGAAAAGCAUUCCUCCUGGCAGCCCUUCAUGUCUUUUCGUGCCAGUACCCAGUGACCAGGUUGAGGGUUUGGACCGAGAUGACCUCAGGUUCCACCUGAAGAGGAGACAAGCUCCUAGCCCAACACCCACCAAACCCUCUAAACGAGCUAAGAUCAAAGUUACAAUCGUUUCCCAUGGAGAUUCAGCGGCGGGGAGCACGGCUGGUUCCUCGGCUCAGGAAGUGGGUUUAUCAGGAAAGCCCCUUGGAUUGACAGUGGGCCAGACGAUAUCAGGAGCCAAAGAACUAUCAGAGCUUCUCACUGCACAAAGGUCAGGUGGUUUAGCAGAGGUGUCUGGAGCUUUGGGUUCUAAUGAUGGAUCGUUUCACAGCAUCAUUUCAGGCUCUUCCUCUCCUAUUCAGGCUCAGGCCUCUGCUACAGCGCAAGCUGCUUCAGCCAGUAGUCUGCUGCAGGGUCUCAGCCUCAGUCUGCAGGAGAUCAACACAAAAUCGCCAGGCGUACCCUCCACCACACAGGGGUUGAGCGCUCUCAGCCCAGGAAGCGCGUUAUCGCGGACAGUACCAGUCGUGUCUACUGGCUCCGGGCUGACCAAAACCACAGCGAUUCAUCAACUUCUCACCAACAGCGGUCUGGCCAAACUGGCCAACAGUCUGCCAGGACUGGCCCACGUGUCCAGUCAGAGCACGGGGCUGAAAGCCCCUACCACUAUCACUGUGACGUUGCGAGGACAGCCCAGCAGAAUUCCCUCUCUCGGCCACACGGGGACGACAGCACCUUCUCACAGCGCACCUGAAAACCAGUUCUGAUGAGUUUACUAUUAUUCUAAAAUGUGGAAACAUCUAAAUCAAGAAUGAUGACCAGAAAACUGAAACAUUCAUGACAAUGCUCAAAAGAAGGCAAAGGAAAAGAAUCACACACAUGUAAAAACUCAAAGCUCAAAUACAUUUAACACCUGCGUGAGCGGCAUAUUCAUUUUGCUCCAAACUGAAGAAUGGACUUUUUAGUAAUUAUUAUCUUUUAUUAUCCUAAUUUCAUGGAAUUUUCUUUUUUUAACACCUCUUUUUUUUUAAACCCUGUUGGGAAAAUAUUUAUCAAAAAAAUAGUUCUAGUUCUAGUAAAUAAUGUUUCAUAGUUACAUUUUACUUGGGGAAAUGUUUCUUUGUUUAUUUAUUUAUUUAACUAUAUAUCUAUGGACAAUUUGGCAUCUCCAGUUCACAUUACCUGCAUGUCUUUGGAUUGUGGGAGGAAACCGAAGCACCCGGAGUAAACUCACACUGACACAGGAGAACAUGCAAACUCUACACAGAAAGAUCUCCUGAACCAGUCGAGUCGCCGCUCAAACAGGAGAUCUUCUUGUUGUAAGGCAACAGUGCUGCUACCCAAUGCAAAGCCAUGAACAGCUGCUGCACCUGAGAUUUAAGAUCAAGUGCCGUGUUUUUCAAAUGUGUGUGAAAGGGAUUUGUCUAUGUCCUCUGUAUUGAGAAAUCAUUUUAGAUCGUGCAUCUUACAGACUUUUAUUAAGGCAUCAUUAACAACAUUAUAGUAUGUCAUGGUUCAAUUUCCAGGAAUUGUGGUUACAAAUAAAAUGUAAACCUUGUUAGGUGCAGCUUUGGAUAAAAGCGUCUAUCUAAUGCAAAAAUGUAAAUGCAUCUUUUUGAUGAAGCUGUCCUUCAAAUAACCAUCAAGAUGACAACCAUGGUCUUAAUAAUGGGUCUGUCAGAUAAAGUCACUAUUAAGUCUUAUUGUUUCAAUUGAUUUGUAAUAAAGGAGACCAGUCAAGGUCAAAAAUCAUACAGCAGG